AUGUUUGAUAGAUUCGGACUUUUAGAGCCAUAUCGAUCUUAAUCUGAAAUCAUGAGGAUCAAUGAUCAUUCAAUUUGGCUUGGUGAUUAUUCAGCUGCAUUAGAUAUUGUUAAUUUAAAAGUUAAUAAUAUAAAAAGUGUAUUGUCAAUUAUUCAUUCUAUGGAUGUUAAAUAUACAGAUAUCAAUCAUAAAAUCAUAUAUAUAAAAGAUAAACCAGAUAUUGAUAUAUUCUAAUACUUUGAUGUUACAAAUGAAUUUAUUGAAUCAGCUUUAUAAUAAGGUUCAUUAUUAGUUCAUUGUUCAAUGGGAAUUAGUCGUUCACCUGCAAUUGUUAUAGCAUAUAUUAUGAUGAAAUUUAAAUAUCCUUUUUCUAAAGCUUAUCAUAUAGUUAGAAAGAAGAGACCAAUAAUUUGUCCAAAUUUUGGAUUUUCAUUUUAACUAAAAUAAUAUGAAAGGAUUUGUAUAUAACCUAAAAUAAUGCCAGAAGUUGUUUAUAAAGAAUUUAAAUGUCCUCCUAUUUAAUAAGUGAGAAGUAUAAGUUUAAGAAAGUCUCCAUAAUAAUAGUUUAUUAAUAGUUAAGCUUAGAGUGAAAGAUAAUAAAAUAAUACAAAUACUUCUCUAAGUGCAAGUUCAGAAAGGAAAACAAUACAUUAGAAAAGAAAAUAAAAAGAAAAGAAAUUACCUUAACUUCAACCUUAAAUUAAUUUUGGUUCUUACAAUACAAUUAAAGAAUUUGCAGAGAAAUUAAAAGCUUCAAGAUUAAUUCAAAUAAAAUACAAUUGA